AAAGAGAGAGAAAGCAUCUCGUACUCCCAAGUAAAGAUGCUGCUGAAAGAGAAAAGUUAAGCAUUGCAAUCAUCUUGCCGUAUUUAAUACGAAAAAUUUUGUAACCUGAAAUUUUUAAUAAAUGACAAAGGCAAAGGACCAGUUUUUUCAGUAUGGCCGCAAGAAAUGUUGGAAAAUCUCAGACUGCAACACUCGGUGGAACUUAUGAGCAAACUGAAAAAACAAGUAGCACUUUAAAAAGGCAUCCUAAAAUGGAACUUAGUAAGCCAGAUCUACUUCAACUUCUUGGAGUGUUGGAAGGAGAACUGCAAGCAAGAGAAAUUGUUAUUGCAGUUCUUAAGGCAGAACAAGUGAAACAGUUGUUAUAUCCCAAACGGAAAUCUACAUCUGCUAAUGAUCCUUGGGCAUCACUUCAACGAGAUUGCUUUGGUGCAUUUGAUGCAACAUUUGAUGAGGCAACUAUUAAAACUUUGUACGGAAUGCAGCUAUCUAGCCUUGAAAACUUUUUAAAGCAACAUAAAGCAGCUCAGACUAAAUUAAAACUGCAGUUGCAAGAAGCGGAGCAGCGAUGUGAGAAGCUUCUGUCUGAACUUGAAGAUGAAAAGCGGAAACAUGCUCAAGAUACUGCUCAAGGAGAUGAUGUGACUUAUUUGUUAGAAAAAGAGCGUGAACGCUUACACCAGGAAAAUGAAUUUGAGCGUCAACAGAAUAGAUGCAUGGAAAAAGAUAUUAAGUGUUUGACAGAGACAUUAGAACAAGAAAGAAUGCGCCAGAAGCAAAUUGUACUACUGUUACUAGCUGAACGAAAGCGUCUUAUCUAUCGAUAUGCUGAAGAAAAGCAAAAAUGUGACCGGUUAUCUCAGAUUCUCUGUGAUGAAAAGGGACGAAUUGCAGAUAUGGUUGAUGGUUUAGAAGAAGAAAGUAAAAAAUCCUUACAGAUGGAAGCUGAUCUUGAACGACAGCUAUGUGAAUUUGAAAUUGAAAGAGAACAGUUUAAAGCUGACUUAUCUGAGUUAGAAGCCAAACAUAAUGAAAUAAUUCUUGAAAAUCAAAAACUUCAAGAAGAAAUUGAAAUUCUUCAAAAGCAAGCUGCUUCUAGUCUUUCACAAGCACAACUAGGAGAAGGUGUAAGGAGCACCAUUGUUACUAUGGUUUCAACUCCUCCUAUUCGUGCUGUACCUACAAUAUCCCCUACAGUUAGUCCGCCACGAAGUGUAGCUCGAGCUGUUAGCCCUAAAGUUGGACCUGCUCCAGCCACACCAGCUAAACCUGCUGGUCUCUUGCCUCAAGCACCGGCAAAAAUUUGUCCAUCAACUAAUUCAAAACCUGUACCUUCUGUUAUUUCUCCAUUGUGUAGUCCUCCAUUAGCACCUUCUGACUUGAAAAGUUCUCCUAAACCUGUUAAACCUUGUUCACCUGCAACUAUUACAUCACCUUCUAUUCCAGAAAGUGCAGUGACUCUGUUGCAGGUUGCCCCUAGUGUGCCACAGUAUGCAGAAUGUGUUCUAUCACCUCCAGAAGUAGAAAAAUCUGUUGGUGACUUUAAUUCACAGUCAAAUACGAAAAUUUAUUCUAGUUUAAAAGUUUCGACACCUGUACCUGUUAAUAAACCUGGAACUGCUACUGCACCAAUAGCUGUAAAUGCUAAAAAAAUGUCUGUUGGAAGAGGGGCUCCACCUCCUAUUCCACCAAAUAAGCCAGUAUUGCCCCCUCAAGCUCUUCAUAGAAAAGAUACAGGUACAAAACCACCAGUUCCACCUAGAUCUGAUGUAGCACCGGAAAAUGCUUCCGAUAAAAAUCUCCAACGAACUGGUGUUCCUGCUCGUUAUGUUGCUCCAUCUAAAGCACCUUUGGAUGAAUCUUCUGGCAAUGGCUUUUCCACUGAAAAAGAUGAUACUCAGGAACUGGGAGCCACAUGAUUGAUUGAGCAUUUAUCAAGAUAACUUUCUAUGCAAGAACUGUAUACUUAAAGAAAAAGCUGCUGAAACUGAUAUGUAAAUAUGAGUACUACAGCCUUUUACUGUCAUUCCUCAGCAAAGCUCAAUAUUCAAGAAACUACAAGACCAAGUGUAACCAACAAUCUUCCAUAAGUAAACUCUUUCCGAGAUGACCAAUCUAAUUAUAGAAGUACACAGUUACAACUUAGAUCACAAGCACUAUGAAACAUCUGAAUUGAUAAUAGAAAAUCUUUGUAUAGAUUUGUGUCUUCAAAUGUGGAACAGAUUAUUCAAUUUUUUAGUAUGCCAUAGCAUUUGUUGAAGAAUGUUCAGUGCCCUUCUUUGUUAGUUUUGUCUGUGGCUAGCUUGUUUAAAGUUAGCUGAGGAAUUUUAGGCUACAAACUAUAACAUGUGCAUUGCAGUUUUACUUGAUUCAUGAAGUAAAACAAAACAUUAUUUAUAAAACAGAAAUGUGCAUUUAGAUUUAAAAUUCUGUUUCAGAUUAUUUGAACUUAUCUUGGAAUUAAUGCUCAAAAAAAAAAAAAAAAAAAUGUCCCCCAUUCUGAAAUUGAUAGCGAAUUCCGCUCUCUUGCAAUAAACUUUAUUUUCCAUUUAAAAUAGCAUUUCACAAGCUAUUUUAAUAUUUAAAAUCUUAUAAAAUCUUCUGUGUAAAAGUAUAUACAUUUUUAUAUAAACAUUUAUGUGGAUUUGUAAGUUGCUUAUGUCAUUUCAUUAAGUUGUGCACUCUCACUGGUGACAAAAGUGGCACAUCUCAAAAAAAAAAAAAAAAAAACCAGCGUUGGAGAAAAUCAAGUUUUUAAGCAAUACUACUUCUAACAGAUUUAUUCUCAAAAUCUUCAACACCUGCAAAACAUUUAUUAUAAGUUUUCUGGUUGAAGUUAUGGCGUAAAUUAACAAUGUAUUGUAUAGUCAAAGUUGGAAAAAUGUUCUUCUAAAUUAUGAAAUUUUAAUGAUGUGUCAAUACUGAAUAUAUUGCUUACUCACCUACAAGCAUCAGUUCUGUAAACUAACUUUGUGUGAGUUUUGUGGCAAGAAAAAGCAUUAAAUUUUUAUUUUAAAUCAAUAAUUAAAAAGUCUUUUUUAAAUUUUUGAGAUGUAACACGAAUAUCCUCGGUGAGCAAUAUGUAAGUCACAUUUGAAUUUGAUAGCUGUUAAGAUAAGUUUCUGGUUUUUAGUAUUGUAUAUAUGAUUUAGAUUAGUACAGUUGAAAAUUUUCACAAUUACUUGUAAAACUAAAUUGGCAAACCAAUUGUUUCCUUUUUAAAACUAAAACAAUUUUUACUGAUCUGAUAGGAGUUUUCUUUUAAUUAGGUGCUUGUUGUCCGGUGCAUAAUAAAUCAGCAAAUAUAAAUUUCAAUUACAAAAAGGGAUAAUUAUGUUACAUGUAAUCACCAAAUUUGUAACUUUAUAUAAAAAAUGAAAUAAAAAAAGAAUCAGAAAAAUAAAAUAAUUUUCU